AAUAAAUUGGAAUUUUGCCUCUCAAACUUUUACUUGUAACUUUUUCAAUAACUAAAAGGAAACCUUACCAAAGUUUAAAAUAUUUUUCCAGAAAACCUAUAAUAAAUCCGGCGUUUGCAAAACGAAGUAUUCAAAAUAACGAGGAUGAAAAUAUUAGCAUAAAGAAGCAAGUUUUCAUAAAGAAAAUGCAUGAAUUGCAGAAGUCCAGGAGCUAUCUCGAGAAGUUAGACGGGGCGAGUGCACAUUUCCAUAGAAGCGGCAGGCACAGUCUGUAUAAAAAGUUGGAGACCUUGUUUGAGUCAUUCGGGUAUUCAGGCCGUGAAUGCGUGUUCAGAUUAUUAUGCGACGCCGGCAAAGCGAAGACCGACGAGGAACAAGGGACCUUCCUCCAAGAAUUAUUCAGGGCAACGUUCACGUUGCCAAAAGGAGAAACGGUUGAAGACAUAUUGGAAUAUGACAUGGCACAUAACACGCAUAAUGACUGUGCGGAAUUGUACCCAGAAUGCGAGGAUUUAAUUUAUUAA